AUGAUGAAAAAACGAACAGCCAAAGGGUCUGUUCUUGACAUCAGCAUCCGUGGCGACGAGCAAGAGCAGCAUCGUAUUCAACUUGAACACAAUCUACAGCACACAGACCUUUCCUUGCGGUUGUCCUCGGCUAGCGACGACGACGGAGACGAAGAUCAUCACAAUCACAAUUAUACAAGACAAAAUGCGAGCAGUGUGGAAUAUGGACGUCAUAACUCUGCACCAGACCCCUUCCCAGAGUUUCCAUCGUACGCUGCCCACCGCUCCGGAGACCUCUACGGGGAUGAGGACACGCACAGUCAGGUGGCGGCGUGGUCCUAUCGUACGGGAGACGAUGAGGAGGGCAUUAACCCGUAUGGCGGGGAGAGCGUGUCUACGGCGGCUCACCAUGCUAGCGCGUUAACCCUCAGUGCGGGGUUAGGUGGGGGCAGGCAUGCUCGCCGUGAUAUUAGUAUCAGCGGCGCAGAGUACGACCCCGAGAGACCGCUCCAUGAAAUGAUUGCGGGCGUGGAUAGUAAACUUAGCGUUUUUGAUAUGGAGCCUUCGAGGUCCAAGUACCCUGGAAUGGGUAGUGUCACGUACGACCCGCUCGUAGUGGAUAGCACUGCUGAGCUGGACAGAAUCUUAAAAUCAGGCUACGCAGCUCCUCCAUCCCUGCGUUCCCGCCUUGGCUCUCCCUUAUCCUCUGCCUCCUCAGUUGCCUCCGACUCUGAUGGCGGUGGUAAUGGCACUCAAGCUAGACCAAAAUUAUCAGACCACCUCCGACACGUCUCAUUCUCGCCCAAACGACCCCGGAGUGCCCAAUCAAACCGAACAGCUUCUCCGAUUCCUAUGAUGUCCCCGCUAGGCGGGAGAGCCCAGAACGAGUCGAUGAAUGCACCCACGCCUAGGCCGAGUAGGAAGUCGAAUAUAUUCCCUUCGUAUGCCUCUUCUCCUGCGGCUCAGCAGCCCGAUGUGAGGGUGCAGCCUCCUACACCGUCCACCACCGGGUCUAAACUUGGGAGGUCGACGAAGAGUGAGAGGCUUUCAUCCUCUGUAUCUAGAUCCCAGCAGCAAGGGCGAAGCAGCAGUGGUACCAAUCCAAGGCCCUCUGCUCCUCUAUCUAGAGAAGAGCCCGAGAGAAACCCGUUCAGUAAUAUCGGAAACCAGACUGCGGAAGUCAGCUUUGCGCCGUCUGCGAGCGUGAGGCGGCCUACACCUAGGAGGUCAUCUAUGAGAGAUACCCCGAGGGGAAAGGUUCAGUUACCUGAUGUUACGGGUUUGACGAGCGCUGUUGAGAGUCCGGCCAAGUUUGGGAUUGAGUAUGUGGCUUAUAGGGCUGAUGAUCGUCCUAGGGAUUCGGAAGCUCGAUUAUUGCAGACCCUUUCUACAGUCCAGACCCAACUUCAUCAUCUGAACGAAGAGAAUGGGAUCUCAAGGAGACGCGUCAGGGAGCUAGAGUUGGAGUUGGAGGAGUGUAAACGCGAAGUUGCACGAGAGCGGACGAGGUUGAUGGAGAGGGAGGAGGUUAUUGUGCAACAGCAACGGGAUAUAAGCUUCUCAAGGAGGAAAGGGGCGAAAGGAAAGGGAAAGGCCAGGGAGGUCGAUUUUGAGCAGAGUGAGGUGGGGGAGGCGAGUGUUCGGUAUAAGGAGGCUGUCGAGGAGAAAAAAGCUCUGGAAGCCCUGAUCAACUCCCUUCGCACCCAUUUGACGAGGUUGACUUCGGAGCUUGCGUCUCAUCAAGAGCUUCUCAUGGAACUCCGGAAUCUGCGUGAAUCGGAUUCUAGGGCGCUCAGAGAGAAGGGGAGCGAGAUUGUGCAGCUGAAAGAGGAGGUGGAGCGCGUUGCGGGGGAGGUGGAAGUUUUGAGGGGGGUGGUUGAGGAGGGGUUGAAGGAGAGGAGGAUGGCAAGGGAGGUGUCGGGUAUUCAUGAGAGUUUGGCGGAUGUUGCUAUGUCUAGGGAUGAGGAGGAGGUGGAGGUGGAAGAAGAAGAGGAGGGCCGUGAAGAAGAGGAAGAGCAGGAGGAGGAGGAGGGUUUGGAGUAUCGAUCACAGGAAGAGGAGGAAGAUGAAGAGCCUGAGCCUUUCGAUCCUUCUUCGCACGCGAAUUUCAACAUGGCGGAUAAAACUAUGCGAACUGAUCAUGCGACGAUGGGGUCGAGUGCGAACCUUGGGGCGUCGACUAUGACUACUGCCCCUGGAGAGCGGGAUGAGCAAUUGCUUGAUAUGGAGGACCUUGAGAGGAUAUCCGCCGAGGUGGAGGAGAGGAGGUCUGAUGCGAGUUUGGUUUCUUUGGCUAGGUCCAGGACGUCAAGAAGUCCUUCACCUGUUAGGGACAGCAGUCCCUCGCCUACGCCAACUAGGUCGCGGAGGCGGGCGGCGGUUGUUGAAGAAGAGGAAGAGGAAGAGGGAACGGAAAGGGCCGUAUCGCCUGCUUUGACUUCCUAUCGCCAUCAACAACGUUUAGGACACCAGCAGCAGCAGCAGGAGCAGCAGCGCCAGAAACCAUCGUCGUCCUCGUCCAGGCCAUCAGCUCCUACUCCCGGUCAAGCAGCGAGACAUAGUAGACGAAGUCAACCCCCUCCUCAGCCGGAGGAACUGGAGACACCUUUUCCCCAGAUUCGCGGCGAGCGAUUGGAGAGGCUUUUCUUCUCUGCUCCGGAGCAUAAUGCGAAGACGUGUACGGUGUGUUAUCGUCGGAGGCAUAGGGAUCGACCUUCUUCGCCUUCGUGGGUGAAGCAUAGGCAGCACCGACAUCCUCAGGCAGAAGAAGAAGAGGAGGAAGAGGAGGAGGAGGAUGAAGGGUUUGCAGAGGGUUCGGAUGACGUUCCUGUUCCUCCGGAAUUCAAGGGCAAGCAGCGGGAUGUUGGAGCAGGACAAGGACAUGUUACGUUCUCUGAGAACCCGGCGUAUUGGCGCCAGGCAGGCCAAAAGGAAGGACUACCCCCGCAGACGGUGGUCAUGCGGGUUAUCAGGGAGUUGGAGGAUGAUUUCACGCAUUAUAAAAGUAUUUAUGUUGAGCUCGCGGAUCAGUAUAAAGAUAUGGAUGCUGUUUCGAAUGUCCGCAAGCGGAAUAUUUUGGCGCAGCAUCUUAGAGAGGUUGUUGAUAUUUUGGAACAGAAGGGUGACCAGAUUGCGUCUUUGAGUGAUUUGUUGAGCUUUAAAGAUAAACCUGUCGCGGAGAGUGUGGUUCCUGGGUAUGCGAGGCCUCGUUCGGUUCCAGGUGGGCCGUCGUCGGUCUGGAGUUGGAAAGCGAGGAGACCUUCUUGA